AUAAUUGUCUGUCAUCUCCGUGGUCGUUUGCAACAUCCUAUGAUAUGUGUAUAUCUUUGUAAUUGCAUUCCUCAACUUUGGUAGAAGCGGUUAAAACGAUUUGAAUUGUUAUUGGUGACAGUGUAUUUGUAAUGUUGUUGGCUGAACUCGAAGAUGGCUUGUGGACCUGCUUCGCAACAAAUGAGAAGUUUGCAAGACCUAGUAAAAUAUCCUGCUUCACAACCAGAAGUUAAACCCAGUUCCGCAGAUGAAAAUUCUAAUGGCGCUCAGUCCUCACAUAAGAGUUGGGACAAACCUGUCAAACUUAAUGUAGCUCUUAUGCAAGGUGGGCUGUUGCUACCACAUUCUGCUAAGAAAGUGACACAACGGCAGCUCUUCGCAUCAGGAAGAAAUGUGAUGAAGGAUAUUCAAAACAAGGUAGCUGCUCGAAAGACAUUAGCAGUUCUGCCACAGCAUGCGCCAUCCUCAGUACGAAGACCAUCAGAAACUUACAAAGCAUCAUUUUUAAAACCAAAAAAUCUGGUAAAUAAAAACCGACCCAGUGUUGGCCAAGCACAAAAUCCUAGUAACAGGCGUGGUAGUAAAAUGUAUCAAAGGAAAACACAAGUGCCUGUUGCUCUUGGAUCUAUUAGAAGUGCUCAGAAGAUUUCUGCAAGCAGUGCUAAGAAAGGAGACACUAAACUACCAGUGACCAGAUUUCAAAAUCAAAGCAGUUCAGCCACAGCUCUGCCAUCCAGGCAGUCGAAGAUUAGUGGAAAGGUUACGGGGCACCUUCCUCGCCUUGCAAACUUGGAAAACUCUGUUAAUCUCCUUAAUGUUGACGAUAUAGAAGAAAAAUUAGUGAAAGAGUCAAGCCUAUUAAAGUCUCAAAUCUUAAAGCAGAUACACAAGAACACAGGAGUCAACACUUGUGAUGUAAGAAAUGAACAGAAAAUUCUUAAUGAACAAACUGAAAUAAAUGAAAAGCUAAAAAACAUGGAUGAGAAGCUAAAAAACAUGGAUGAAAAGCUGGAUAAAACUUUAAAUGAACUGGCAAAUUUGACAGAAAUUGUUAAAAAAUUGUCUUCAAAUCAGGAAACUGUCUGUAGAAAAUGUUCAUGUCACUGCCAGACCACGCAAGCAACUGCUACAAAAAGCAAUGGAAGUACAGCAAUAAAUAAUUUGGAACAGAUAGGAGUUCCGGUCAGCUCUGAUGAACAAUGUUCAGAGACAAAGAAUUGUGUUGUAGACUCUGAGACGAAACGCUAUUCACUAAGGAGGUCUUCAAGGCUAAAUAACAUAGGCGCUCAGUAUGCAUAUGAGAGUCUUAGGAAGAGUACCAAAUUACUUACAACUCCUCGACAUGGAUCAGCUAAAAAGACUAACACCCCAGGAAGAAUUUCCAGAAAAGUCAUUGCUCAGUUGAACGAUUUGUAUGGUGAUUAAGUACAUUGACAUUGACAUAUGGGUCAUUCCAUUGUCGCGGGUGUGACAUUUUGUCCUACUUUUCACGCGUAAAGUUAUAUUUAUUUGUACUUCAGUUGUCAGAGUAAGGCUAACUUUAAUUUAAUGAAUAGAAUAGCAUGUUAUUAAGUUCCUGUAAAAAUUUUAGGUUUUAAUUUUACACUCAACCUGCUAAAAAAAUUGUGAACAAGUGUUGCGGGUGUGACAAAACUUUUCCCUUCAUUUGCACAUAGAGGUGUUCUUCAGUUAUUUUGUCUUCUACUUCUGAAUCAGGAUGGUUGAUAAUUUUUUACACAGUGAAAAAAGGAGUAAUAAAAUACAAGAUAUGAUAACUUUUAUUCACAGACACUUCCAAAACACAACAUAUUUUUUUUUCCUUCAUGUUGCAGGUGCGACAUUGCGGUUGUGACACACAGAUACAUUAAUAUUAUUGAGUGUAAUUUAAAACAGAACAGCAAGAAAAUACUUUAAUUAUUAUGUUAAAAUGAUAAAAACUUAAACAAGACAGAACUAGGCCUAUUUCAAUACUACUGAAAAACAAAUUGUCCCCUGUUAUUCAACAGCUUGGGUGGAUUUACUUUCUGGGAGAUUACUGAAAUAUUUUCCCAAGAUAUGUCUUCUUCUGUGGGCCAAAUCCAGAAUUUCCCACUGGGUUGCAUAUACUUCAGCAAGACCUGCUCAGCUUGUUCAUCAACUAGAAAAACUUGUGCAAAGUAUUUCUUCUUCAAACAGGACUUUCCAGUGACAGUCAACUCUGACAGUACAAAGUCCCCUGUAGUAAGUUUCAAGGAUUCUUCACUAUCAACACUACAUAUCGAAUUGCAUGUAUUUUCAUGGUUAUGAAGUAAUGUCACUGUUGUAAUCUCUUGAGCAGAUGUAGCAGAAACCCUUAGAACUCCCUCUUUAACUGCUAUAAUGCAAUUUGCAAUGGAGUUUGUGCAAUCCUGGAAUAGGCUGUACGCCUUUCCAACGAUUAUCCAACAUGCCAUUGCUGAAUUAAUUUCUUCAGAUGAUAAGUAGAGGGUUGUAAUCCCUUUCAGUUUCUCCUUGACGCACUUGUAAAAACUAUAAGGAGUGUUAAUAGUAACCCUCCGUGAUUUUACAGUUCUGCACACUGUUCUUUCACGGCACCACCAAUGCCAUCAACUGCACUUUUACUGUGACAACUGGCAAAAAAAUUCCAGUCAACAGUAUUGCCAGAGUCAGAUUGUAAAUAUGUAACAUUUAAUAAUGUCAAGUGAUUCUUGAAUUGUGCUGUGCAACCAUCGGAGAAAAUCUUGACUCUUUGAAGAUAAGGAAAUUCUCUCUUUAAGUCCUGAAAAAGCAGCUUAAGCAUUGUGUAAACUGAAUAUUUAUUGUGGGAUAAGUCAUCGCUAACAAUGGCAUAGCUGCGUACGGUGCCAUCUUUAAUCCAGGCCACAGCUGUAAAUAUAGUUGUCUGCUGUUGGUGCCAGUGAGCACUCUGGAUCUCAUCCUGACAAACAGAAGUAUAAUUUUCAGCAUAGUCAACCUGCAAAACCAAAUCGUGAUUACUGAAAUUUGCUUUUGCAUCCUCAAAGUACUUUGAUUACUUAACAUAACGGUGCAGUUUGAAUCCCAGAAGCUGUUUUUCUAUUUCUUUAAAGGCAUUCAAAACUGUCCCAACUGUUUAUAUACGCUGAGGGCGACCUUCAGCAUCUUUCCAUUGCCUCCAUUCAAGCUCAUUGUUCAGUACUUCAUCAACAACAAGGCUCUUCGCGUUUAAGGUGUUACACUUUUCACAGGCACUGGACAUACACUUAUAAUUUUCUAUGCUUGUGCUCUGCUUGGAAAUGUAUUGGUUUAUCUUGCAAUGCUUUCAACCAAAUAUUGUAUGUUUGCAUGAUAUUGACAAUACACACAUUGUGGCAUAACUGAUACAGGGUAUACAAAAGGUGGACGAAGAAAGAAGAGUUUUGAUUUUUUUAUCUGACACUCGGGAUAUUCAAAAAUAAAUUGUUCAUAUGCUUCAGAUAUUGUCAUCAUUAUAUAGCACUUCUGUUUCUGUUCUCAUUCUCCAGUUUCAGGGUUCUGGACACUAGCCACAUCUUUUCUUCCUGGUUCUUUUCAGCUUAUGUCGUCACGAAGAUAGAAGUUCUUAUUUUUAUUUUCUGUAUCUGCACUGAGAAACUUACUCCCUUUCUUGUACAUAUCUUUUUUAAGUUUAUUUGCAACUUCAGGCAGCUCAUCGUUAUACAGCUUUGCCACUACAUCCUUUCGUUUCCUUGGGUUGCAUGCUACGCUUUUCUUCACCUUGUUUACAGCCUUCCCAAGUGAUCUUUUGGAACUAUAUUAUUUAGAGGGUGACAAUUUUCAAGAUGAAGUGGGAGUUCGAGCAGAAAUUUUAUUCUUUUCUCGAUGCCUCCUUUGUCUUUCCGUAUCUUGCAUAUGUUUGUUUCUUUCAAUCAUUCUGCAAGGAAGCUUUAUUUUUUUCUCUCCGUAACUUAUCAUUUUUGCGUUCCUUUCUAACAUUGCCUGAUACUGAAUUGGAGAUUGCUUCAGUUUUCCCUAAACUUGCAGCACCUUUCAGUGGAUGACAUGCUUGUCCCAUAAUAAAUUACAAGAAUAAUACUUUCAGCUGGUUGAUAAUGAUGACAAUCACAGCAAUAAUAUCAACAAUGACAAUAACUGUGUCUGUUGUUACAGUAAAAUUUCCUUGUCACAAAGUUGUGGUAUCAUGGUAACAGCUGUAACACUUUGACAUGGCACACCCGAAACACGUUUCUUCAGAUGAUACAAUGUUUCUAAAAAAAAAAAAAAAAUUAUAACUCAAAGUUGUUUCCCAUGGAACUAUCUUCACUUUUACAAACUUUCAACUUUCAUUACAUGAAACUAAACUGAUAAACAAAUAAAUGUCUAUUUCUGUGUUGUGGGUGUAACAGAAAUUCUGUAUUUUGCUUUUUUAAGAUUCAGAGCUUAUUUACCUGUAUCAUAAAUGUAAAACCACA